CUCUCUCUCUCUCUCUAUCUUUCUUUCUUUUUUUUUUUUUCUUUCUUUCUGGUUGUUUCUUGAUUUCAGUGUUUUGCAGAGGAAGAAGAGUGAUAAAAGCUGAGACUCAGAAAGUUAAGCCUUUUUUUGGGUUGGAUUUACUUUGAAGGAAAAGCUGAUCUUUCUUGGGUAUUUUUUCUAUUGAAGAACAACCAAGCAACUUUGAAGUUUAAGCAAAGGUUAGAGGUCUGGCGCUCAAGCAAAUCAAAGCAAUGUUCACAUUUGGAAUUGCUUAAAGCAGCUCAGGGCCCCUCAAGACAAGAAGACAUGAGUCUUUUGUAUAGUCCUAGUUUCAAUUACCAAGAUGGAGAAUUGAGAAGGACUCAAGAAUAUAUGGAUUUGAAUCACCAUCAUUACCAUCAGGAACAACACCAGCAUAAUUCUGGCUUAAUGCGGUAUCGCUCAGCGCCAAGCUCAUUUCUUGACAGUCUUGUUAAUGGCACCAGUGGUCAUGGGGGUGACGGUGGUGGCAUUGAAGGUGAAAAUUACCGCUAUUUUCGAUCUUCGAGCCCUGAGAUGGAUACCAUGUUGGCAAGAUAUAUGUCAACAUUAAGUGGUUCAGAGGAUUCCAAUUCUCGGAAUUUGCAAGAAUUUGAAGAAAAACCAGCAAUGAAGCGAGAAAUGGAAGAUUCACAAAUGGUUUAUCAAAGCUUACCAGUGAAUGAUUUGACUAAUAAUGGAAAUUCUCUGAAUGUUAGCAAUUCUCUGGAUAACACUUAUGGUGUCAUGAACUCAAUGGCUUUGAAGAAUUCUAUGCAGGCAUCAAAGAUGAGUACAGUGAAUGGAUCCAAUCUUGUUAGGCAAAACAGCUCUCCAGCUGUAUUUUUCUCCAACCUAGGCGUUGACAACGGCUUCACUGUUACAAAAGAUACAGGCAGUUUUCGAGCUUGCGAUGACUUGAAUGGAGACGCUAGCCUGUCAACUACUAGGUUAAACAAUCAUCUAAGCUUCCCAUCAGGGCAGAGGUUUUUGCCUCGGAUUGCUGAAAUUGGAGAUGAAAACCCUGGUGCAAGUAGUACUGAAGGCAAUACUGGCAAGAGACAGUACAUGAAUUUUGCAAAUGACUCAUGGGAUGAUUCUUCAUCAAACGACUUUAAACGGUUAAGAAGUAAUGAUGGGAAUGUGUUUUCUGGCUUUAACAUGUUGGACAAUCAGAAUGGGAAUUCUGGAAACCGCAUGAUUGGUUUGACUCACCACCUGAGCUUGCCUAAGACAGCUUCAGAGAUGGCUACUAUAGAGAAGUUUCUGCAAUUUCAAGGUUCUUCCGUUCCCUGUAAGAUUCGAGCGAAAAGGGGCUGCGCUACUCACCCUCGAAGCAUUGCAGAGAGGGUAAGAAGAACACGGAUCAGUGAAAGAAUGAGAAAACUGCAAGAUCUUUUCCCAAACAUGGACAAGCAAACGAACACAGCAGAUAUGUUAGAUUUGGCAGUUGAGUACAUUAAAGACCUUCAAAAACAGGUUAAGACCCUCACAGAUACUAGAGCAAAGUGCACAUGUUCAAGUAAACAGAAACAGUAUUCGAAUGUGUCUGCUUGAUUUGUUUCUGUAUGCAUAUGCAGCUGGGAAAAUGUGAAGGAUUGAGAAGAAUAACCAGCUACUUAAUUUUUAAUGUACUCUAGAAGAAUAGGAGAUUGUGAUGUUACCUAUUUUGCAAGCUAGUACUCUUAAUGAUGAAUCUCUUUUGGAAAGAAAAAUGAAAUCAGAUCCUUCUGCACUGCAGGAUUCAAGAA